GUAGGAAUCUCAUGAUCAUGUGACACUGGUUUCAGGAAGAAGCUUUCGGCAUCUGUUGCUCCUGGAUUUUCAGAGGGGUGCAAUGACAAUUUAGGCAGUUUCUUGAAGGUUUGUUGAAGACAGCCCCUCACCUCCCCUUCUUUCUGCCAUGAGGACUACCGGACGUGAAUGGCAGCGCCUCACAGCUGACUCGGACGGGGAAGAUGAAGACGAAUCUUCUUUUGUGGAGCCUGAACCCACUGUGGAUGCUUGUAAGAAGUGGAGAAACAAUGCAGGCUUCUGGCUGCUGGGCCUCUGCAACAACUUUGCUUAUGUGGUCAUGCUGAGUGCAGCCCAUGACAUUCUCAGCCAUCAGAAAGCACCCAGUGGCAAUGGGACUGCAUCGAUGCCCUCCAGCGUCACUCCUGGGAACUCCUCUAAUACUUCUCGCUAUGACUGCAACAUCAUCUCAACAGGGGCUGUGCUUUUGGCUGACAUUCUGCCUACUCUCCUUAUCAAAUUCAGCGCUCCUUUCUAUAUCCAUCUGUUGCCCUAUGGCUUGCGGGUCGUCAUUUGUAUCCUCACGGCUCUGGGCAGCUUCUUGCUGGUCGCCUUCUCCGCAGGCCCAGCCCAAAGCUUUGCAGGUGUGGUGCUGGCCAGUGUUUCUUCUGGCCUGGGUGAAAUAACAUUCUUGGCACUCACGUCUUUUUUUGACAGCUCUGUGGUGUCUGCCUGGUCCUCCGGAACUGGUGGGGCUGGCCUAUUGGGAGCUCUUUCCUACCUUGGACUGACUCAGGCUGGGCUGACCCCUCAGCACACUCUUCUCACCAUGAAUGUCAUCCCCAUCAUUAUGCUGGCCAGCUAUUUGUUACUGGCACCAUCCCCACAUGACCCACGCUGGGGCUGGGGUGUGAACCCACCAGGGCAUUCUUCCUCAAGUCAUCAGCCACUUUUAGGGAGCUCAGCUGCACACCAAAAUAAUCCAGAGUCACAAAGCCGUUAUAUCAGCUUACAAGAAAAAGGGCAGGUGGUCAAGGGUCUCUUAAAAUACCUCCUGCCACUAGCUGUUGUAUAUUUUGCAGAGUACUUCAUCAACCAGGGGCUGUUUGAGCUGCUCUAUUUCAAAGAGGUACCCCUGACCCACCCACAGCAAUACCGCUGGUACCAGAUGCUCUAUCAAGCUGGAGUCUUUCUCUCUCGGUCCUCUGCCACCUGUGUACGGAUUCGCCAUAUAUGGGUCCUGGCAGUGCUGCAGUGCCUGAACAUGGUGUUCCUCCUGGUGGCAGUGUACUUCAUGUUUUUGCCCAGCAUUUAUUUAGUUUUUGUUCUCAUCGUCUAUGAGGGACUGCUUGGAGGAGCCAGCUAUGUGAACACUUUCCACUGUGUCAGUGCAGAGAGCGAGCCCAAGCACCGGGAGUUUGCCAUGGGAGUGGCGUGUGUCGCUGACACGCUGGGCAUCUCGCUUUCAGGUGCCCUGGCCAUCCCAGUCCACAACUAUUUCUGUCGCCUCUCCUGAGGGCUGCUUCACCAAGGGACCAACAGAUGCCUCUCCGUGCCACGUUCAUGCCUCUGAGAGACAAUCCGGACACGCAAUCCUGAGUCUGGAGCUCCAGACAAUCUUUUUAAACUCAGUUUUUAGGCUGAGUUUAAAAUAGGGACCACAGAAGGAGGGAGGUUUAAGCCUUCCCCCUCAUGCCAUUUCCCCAGCCUUAAUACAGCCCCAGAGAGUCACUACUUGCCCCACUGGGGAAAUGUAUAGAUACUGAUAUGGAUAUUGAACGAUACCUGGCAUGUAUCAGGCGUGGCCCUGAGGGGGAGCUGGAAAAGAAACUAGAGUUUUAGCCCACCACUCACUCCUCUGACUGUGAAGGAAGAAAGGAGCCUGUGAGGGCCAGGAGUUCUCACCCUACCAAAGGCUUGAACUCCAUAUGUGUAAUUUUUUUAUUUUCCUGCUAUUUUAACUGUUGUUGUUUUUUAUUUCAGUAAGGAUGGGAAUUAUUUUCUUGUUGCACAAGAAGGAGACUGAAUAACACUAUAAAGAAAAACAGUUUGACGGGAAUGAAGUCAAGCCAUUGUAGCGGUGGUGGUGGUGUGGAGAUUUUAUUGUAGCACAAGCAGGCCAUAUUCUGUGCCCUAGUAUAGUGAGAGGUGGGGACAGAAAAAAGGUUUAAAAUAACCCACAUAACUGGAGAAAAGUUGAACUUUAUAGGUGAUUAUGAGGGGAGACUUAUGAGGUGACGCACAGAGCUAACCUAGGGAGGGGGGGGAGGACAAUAGGUUUGCAUUGUAAUUACUGUAUUAAUGACACAAUAAACUUAUACUUUGGAAAAA